GGCCGGGCCCAGGCCGCUUCUCUCCCGUCAGGGCUGGGGCUCGUCCCCGGGCGCCUCAGCCUGCCGCCAUGGUCCCGCCCGCCAGCUCUGGGCCCGGGGGCCUGCUCUGGGUGUCCGUUCUGGGCUGCGGGCUGACCUCUCCUCUGAUCCAGCCUCACCGGUUGCCUUUGCUCCCCUGCCGCCUCCCCGUGCCUCCUCUCCGCCGCUUCCUUAGGUUUAAAAAAAUGCUUCGGCAUCCCAGAAACCUGCAGCUGGCACGAAUUACAAGCUCAGUGAAGAAGGCAAGGUUUAAAACGAGCUGGAAUUUGAACCACCCUGUUUCCUGCCCUCCAAGACUGGGGACAGGAGUGCUCUGUUGAAGUCACAACCACAUCUACCGUGCAGAAAUUAGUCACCAGCUGUAGUAGGAGAGUUCUGGGCUAUGUGAUUAUCCGCCUCUCUUACCCGACUAGGAUUGGGCUAUAUGGAACUCUGGUGAUUAGUCUGUUACUCACACUUGUCGUCAUGUUGGCAGAAGGCAUCUUAACUAGCCUCGUAUAUAAAGAAAGCUGUCAUCAAGAUAAACCUCGCAAAUCUCAUGCAUCCAAAAAGGAUAAAGAGGGACUCUGGAGACAGAAGCUUGUAGACAACCCAAAAAUUAAAGGCGUUGCUGAUGGACGUGAGAAGCAGGAUGAGAUCUCUGCUAGAAGUAGCAAAAUGGAACACAGGAGCGGUCCUCAAUGGGGAUCCGUAAAAGAGGUACCUGCAAAAGAUCAGAAAACGCUUGUUAAAGGAACCGUAUCACCAGCUUUACAUAUCCCCAAAAGAGAACAAAAUACUGAACCGAUGGAUUUGUAUAGAUCCUGGUCAUGCAACAGCAUUUAUCAAAACUAUCCUGACUUACACAUUGGGGGAGACCAUGUGGGGGACCAUACGUGUGAUUCAGGUUGUGUUUUGGACCAUGUGUGUGAGGAGCUUCCCGAUGGCCCUGUCUUACUGUCCGUAGAUAUUCCUCUAGGUCAGUCCCCUCUAUGUGAGCGUCCCGAGAAGCCAAGUAUAAAGUCCCUGUCUGGAGAUGAAGCUGGAGAAAGGAGUAUCAUGCUCUGUGAGGAGCCUCUUUCAAACUCCGUGCUCAACAAGUACAUGGAAACAAAAGUGGCGGAGCUCUAUAAACAGUUUUUUGAAGAAAACUUGACCCGGUGUGGUUCUGUAACAAACCUCCUCACUUGCAGCUUGAUAAGGAAUAACCUGAAUCAGAUAAGCUUUCAGAUAUCACAGGAGCCGAAUAUAGAAACAUCAAAAGCCAGAGAAGUGCUCUUGCACUCUUUAGCUUUGUUUAGUUUGCACAACACUACCAAUAGAAAUAGCUCUGAGUUUAGUACUCCAAACUUACAAAUCUCAAACCCAGCAUGCAUGAAGAAGAGCUGCAGGAUGCAGUUGACAUCAUGACUGAUCUGCUUACCCGAAUCGUAUUCAUCUCUUCAGCUACGGAUAUUUCACUCUAAGGAUUAGGUUGGGAAAUGAAAACAUUUACACACUACAGACUUUUUCAAAUAAAUAUUUUAAGGCUUAAACCAUACUUUGUUAGCAGAGGAAGUAAAGGUCACUGUUUUCUUUUUUUCUAAUACAGAAUUUGAGGUGAAUUUCUCUAAAAUAGUAGUCAACCAUGUUUUUAUUAUGUGUAUGCCCUCCUCCUAAGACUCUGGCUGUAUGAGUAAUUGUAGGCAUGUACCAUCGGAUUUACUCCUGCAAGAAAAAUCAAUCAAGACGUGUGCUGGUAAAACUUUGCUCUAAGAGACUGAUCCACCCAGCCAGUAAGUAAAAGAGUCGAAUUGGCUUUGCUGGACUGCGGAUUGGGCUAUAUAGUUGAAGCCCGAGUUUUGGACAUUCAGGUUCAAAUUUUGCUCCUGCAAAGCUUGCUCACAGUGACUGAGAAAAAUAUUUCUUUGGUUUGAAAAUCUUGUCAGCAGGUGGAGGUGUUCUGGACUCUGGAUUAUUUUGUAUAUAUUAUCAUACAUAGGAAAUCUAUAGACAUGAUACAUGAGUGAAGAUGCUAUUAUUGCAUAUGUAUGUUUGUACUGCAUAGGAGGGAUAUGUUACAAUGAAAAUCUAGGUGAAAUAGUUGCUCAAGAUUGUAAAAGUAUUUAAUUUUCUGUAAAAAAUGUUUUUCUUUUAAAUAAAUCCUUAGCUCUGAUGAAAUCCA